CACACUCAAACUCUCGCUUUCAGUGCUCCAGUUCAAGUAGAAAUCUCAUAGAAUGUUCAAGUUCCUGCCAUUGCUCGUGUUGGGUGUCCUCGCCUCCAGCUAUGCCCUGCCCGUUGCCGAAGAGAAGGAGGUUGUGGCCAUUUUGAAAUCGGAGGUGAACAAGAACGAGGAUGGCUCAUACCAGAUCAACUACGAGGGCGCCGAUGGCACCGAGCGCAAGGAGGAGGCCAGCGUUGUGGAUGCCGGCACCGAGAACGAAUCGCUGGAGGUGAAAGGUUCCUACAAGUACAUCAACGAUAAGGGCGAAACAGUUGAGGUAUUCUACACGGCCGGCGUCAAUGGAUUUGUGCCAUACGGCACCAUAAUCAAUCCGGAGAUCACCUCAGUCGCCGAGGCAGCCAAGGAUUUGCCCAACACUCAACAAGACGAUGUGAAGUCGUAAAUAAUAUAAAAAAUAGAUAAUAGUUGUAUCUGAAGUGCCAGCGAGAUGUGAAUAAAAGACGAUUGGAAGAGCCCAACAAAACAAA